AUGACCGUGCAAAAGGUUCAAAAAUAUCCGGGCCCCGAUGCGCCAAUCGUACGGAUGAUAGUCCUGGAGACGGACACCCCUCAUCCCGACACCCAUGCAACAAAGGGUAGCUUCGGGGAAAUCCUCCACAGCCACUUCCAGAAUGCCGGAGCCGACCAUGAUCCUCCACUCGGCGUUGACACCGAUCAAAGAUUCGUGGUGGAAGACAAGGGAGGCAAGGUCCCGACUUUCGAGGAGUUUGACAGCUACCAAGGCCUCCUGAUCACAGGGAGCAUGUAUGACGCACACGGCGACAACCCCUGGAUUUUGAAGCUGCUUGAUGUUCUGAAGGAAUUAUGGCAACGGCGCCCCGACUUGCACCUUAGCGGUGUUUGCUUCGGCCACCAGCUGCUGAACAGGAUGCUGGGAGCAGAAGUCGCACCAUCUCCCUCCCGUGAUUGGGAGUUGGGACACUCGAGAAUCGACCUUUCACCGGUCGGCAAAUUUCUCUUUCGCACUGAGGACGACCAUGUGUUCCUACACCAGAUGCAUCAGGAUCAUGUAGUUGCACCGCCAACUUCUGAAUCAUCUCACGGACUUAUUUCGCCCGGCACACAAGUGGAUGUUUGGGGACACAGCGAACACACCCAUGUCCAAGGUAUCUACAUCAAAGGCCGGCUGUUCACGACACAAGCGCAUCUGGCUUUCGACGAAGACAUGGUGAAGAGACAAAUUCAGUUGAGGGUUGAGAGUGGUGGUAUCCAAGACUUGGAGCACGCGGAUCGAGCAGCCGAAACAGCGGACUUGGAACAUGACGGAGAUUUGGUUGCCGCUGCCAUUUUGAGAUUUUUCCACGGCGAUGAUGACAACGUCGAUUAG